AUGGCUUUUGCCUGGUUGCAUGUGACAACAUAUAAACACUGUUGAAGAGGGUUGACAAUAACCACUUUCUUCUUUCUUCUCUGCUUGACAAAGAAGCCACCAGCAAUGAAACUCCACACUGCAGCUAUCCUUGUCAUCUUCUGCCUCGGCAUCCUCACUGUGCACAUGGUGAAAGGGAGUGCUGGAAGUCAGUCCAUGCGGAAAUCCAGUUGCAUAACUCUAUCUACACAGCAACUGAACAUCCGAAACCUUGUUGGCUAUGAAAAGCAAAGACAUCCAAUAGAGGCCAUCAUGUUUAUCACCAGAAAAGGUAUCAAGAUCUGCACAAGCCCUCAUCAGAAAUGGGUGUCGGAUGCUAUGAAGAAAUUAGACCAAAAACGUACCACCAGAGGCAAAUAA